AAUAAAGACGCUUCGUUAUAAAGAAGCAGAGCCAGCAACGAAAACGAUGGUCUCCUUUGCCCGGAGAAAACAGAGCAACCCGACCAGGCAUCCAUGGCAGCCUCGCCAUCCCUCUAGAAUCUAGAUAGAUGCAUGGGGUGCCCCCGCGCCGUGCGGGCGUGCCGGUCGGCGUGUGCUGCGGCCGUGGCGAUCUGCCUCCUCCUGGUCGUACUGCCUCUGGUGCUCCUCUGGCUGCCGCUUCUCUCCUUCGCCGUCGCCGUCGUCCGGUUCCGCCGCCGGCGGAGGAGAAUGAUGAUGACCCGCUGCUUUCACGGCGGCGAUCGGUCGCCUCCGCCAGAAAGUGGGCCGGAUGGCCACAGGGCGGCGCGGCUGCACAAGUACCUCGAGGACCAGAUGGAGCUAGUGGAGGAGGAGGCCAGGGACGCCAUGGCGGCCGUGCUUGCAAGAAAUCCAUGGGCAGCGUAAGGAAAGAAACCCGUGCUUUCUUGCCGGAAACUGUUCCUCCUUUUUGCUCGACUUUUCUGGCCCCGGCAGAUGUUGCUCGCGAGGUUAGUAGUAGCAAGGCGCCGAGAACAUCGUCUCCUGAUUAGUUGUGUUCACGCGGGUUGUUGGAUUGAUAUGGUACUUGGAAUGGUUGGAGUUCUUGUUGAUUUCAUCUCAGCCCAUGUAACAUUCCACUUAUAAUUUUUUGAGUUAGCGAGUCAGUCUACUCUCUCUCUCCUCUACUCUCUCCUCGGUAUUUCUCCUCUCAACUCUGACAAAUGAGAUCAUACAAGUGAACAAGUUGAGCAAGAAAUGCUGUGGUUUUGAUCGUGCUUAA